UUUGGUCAGGCAUGUUUGGAUGGCUGAUAAGACUGAUUGUGUCCUUGCUGGACAUGUUGAGAGAAACAUUGGCUCCUGUUUCAGGGGAGUCAGCAGGUAAGUUCCUGGAUUGGCUAAGUUGGAGGAUAUCUGGAACACACAAAAUACAACGAAUUUCAUCGUCUUACAAAGGUCUAGAUAAAAUGCGACGAAUUGAAGAAUGCCUAGUUAAUUCUAAUCAUCAAGAAUUACAGAAUUUCAGAAACUAUACAAAUGUUUCUGAAUUAUCGGCUGCUAUAAUUAACGCAAAGGAGAUUGUUCCUUCAAAAGACCCGGAGUUUAUUGCAAGAAUAGACACAACUUUCCAUCCGAUGUGCGAGAUAAACAAACUAACCAAAGAGGCUACGACUUUGAAAAGGACAGCGUACGAUACAGAUAAUGAAGAGCACGAGAUGAUGUUGCUCAGCUUAUGGAACAGUUUAAAGCCCGACAGAGAGUUGGAAGACAGAAUCUCGGACGAUUGGGGGGAUAUAGGGUUCCAGGGAAUGGAUCCUGCCACUGACUUCAGAGGAAUGGGGAUUCUAGGCCUGCAAAAUUUGCACUAUCUGGCGAAAUACAAGAAAACUGGCGCGCAGCUGCUCUUAGCUUCAAACCACCCUAACUACGGAUUCUCUCUCGCUAUCACCUCAAUAAAUCUGACUGCAGUCCUGAUGCAGAUGCUUGAAUCUGGUCUUCUUAGGAAUCAUUUCUACUACAAGUGUUGUCACGGUGGUUCCAGGUGUCUAACCAUAAAGGAUCUCCACGAAGCUUAUUGCUCCAUCCUCUCCGACUUCGUUAAAUUUUACCAGGACAGAAAACCUGCUACCAUUAUGGAGUUCAACAGUCAUAAAGCGGCGUAUACUGAGCUUCUCAAAGAGAAACUCUUGUCUAACAGUCCAGUUCUUGAGGCUGUCGAAUAGAAAUUGAAUUGUUUAAGUUGCUUUUAUUUUAGUCGAGAGGAUUGUCAUAUGAUCAAUGAGGAAGAACUUUUUCUGCAUUUCCUUUUAAGUUUUGUCAUGCUAAAUUAAUGUGAAUUGUGUAUGUAAGCCUCUGCACACAAUACUUUUAAUCUAGCAUAUGAUUUAAAACUCCUCAAUAAACAUAGUGUCAGGGAGCUAGUGCUAGUUAGUUUUUUAGCUUUACAUUUACCAUUUUGGUGGCAUACAAUUCAAACGUACGAUUAUAUUGUUCGUCAAUUAUAGUUCUCCCGUUAUUGGUAAUAUGGUUUACCUAAUAAUCAUGGUAACUAAUUCUGUUACUCACUUGCAACUUGUAACUGAGUAAGUCAGAACAUUAAGUUGUCUAAACUUUAUUGACUAAUUUUAGUGCAGCGUGAGGUGUUGGCCUUUCUGAUAAGGUUAUUUGGUAAUAGUUACGAAUUUUAUGUUGUUAAUAUUUUUGUUUUGUUUGUAAUACUGGAUAUUACGGUACGUGUAGAAUGUAGAAUGUAGAUGAUUAGAAAAGUUUGAAAUAAAAUUCUAAAAAUGUA